AUGACUCCCCCUAACUUCGACCCAGAUUUCCAAACGCCUCUGAUCUUAGGCGAGUCCUUGGAUUUCUCGGAUUCUGAAGAAUCGCAGUUUGUCGGUGCGUUCUCAGACGGCCUGUGGGCCAAGUCUGAGCCUAUUUUGUCUAUGUCUGGCUUCCAGAAGCCCGGUGCUGGCGCUGUACUUGAUUACGCUUCCACGCGGUCUUUGCAUGAUGCUAGUUCGUUCUCCGCUUACGGUCAAUCUCCAUACAUGCCCACCUCUCUUGUCCCCUCUCCCAUGGCCGACCAGGCUAGUCAGAUCUCAGACUGCGUGCCGUACAUUCCCGGCAACGAGUACAGCAGCUCGUACGAGGAGUCGCAGUCUCCGUUAAUGAAUGCUCGUUCCCGUCAAUUACCAGAGAUUGUCAAUUACAGCCCCCAGCGUGGGUGCGAAGGUACUCGUGUGGUUGUGCAGAUCCAGUCCCCUUAUGACCUGCACAGCUCUGCAUACGGCACACUAUAUGUGGUCUUUGGCUCGCAGAAGUGUGAAUGUAUCCCGACCUUCCUGGGAUUCGAGGGUUCAGCCUCCGCCUUCCAAUACGCCCUGUCGGCAGAUGCUCCUCAAUUCAUCUCUACUGGAUCUCCUUCCCUCGCCGUACCUGUGCAGGUUGUCAUGGAGGGUCAGAGUGACUGCCCGGCUGCAACACUCCAAGUGGGUGUUUACACCUAUGAGCAUGUGCCUCAAUCAGUUUCCUCUACCAGCUCGAGCUCAAACAAACGCAAGUUCUCUUCCUACUCCGACAACCCUGUUGCUGCGUCUGUGAAGCGACCGACUGGACCUGUCAUUCCCAAGAUCGAGCCUCAAGAGAACUAUUCUUAUCGCGAUACCCAUGGCCACACCCGAUCUGCCUCCUUCUCUCCAUAUUUGCAAUCUCUGCCGGCUAUUCCAAGUUUCGCGGCCCCCUAUGCUGCAUCUCCUCGGACUGGCACGUCCCAAUACCCUGCCGUGUCCGCCAAUCCCCAGUCCGCCAUUCGUGCUCCCUCUCCCCUCACUCCAGCUUGGAGCCCCUCUUUCGUCACACUCGGUCAAGAUCGUCACCUCUCGAGCUUGCCCAUGUCACAUGGAAUGACCCAGCACCGGGGUCCUUCUCCAGCACGGGCAAAUCCCAAGUUGAUCCGUACUUCCACUCUGCAGCAGUCCUCUGGCCUUGGACACAGCCAAGCAUUCAAUCCGUAUGCCAUGUACCCGAGCAAGGCAGUUCUCAAGCUCAGUGGGGACUUGGACUCCAUGGCCCACGGCUGGAGCAAAGAGGAGCAGACUGCCCAGCGCCGACUAGUGCAGUUCGGGAGGUCCCAGACCGGAAGCACCAUCCAUGCCGACUUCAAGCCCGUGACUCCCGAGGAGCGAGCCCCCAACAGCAUUUGCAUUAGCUGUAUUGCUUGGGAGGGCAAAGAUGAAUGCUACGUGACAAGCGUGGAUACCAUCUAUCUGCUCGAAUCUCUAGUCCACGUUCGCUUCACUGUCGAGGAGAAAAAUCGCAUUCGCCGUAACCUGGAGGGAUUCCGUCCCCUCACAGUCUCAAAGGCCAAGGCUGAAAGCGAGGAAUUUUUCAAAGUCAUCAUGGGUUUCCCUGCGCCAAAGCCCCGCAACAUCGAAAAAGACGUCAAAGUCUUCCCGUGGAGAAUCCUGAGCCUUGCUCUAAAGAAAAUCAUUGGCAAAUACUCCGCAAGCUAUUCGUCCACCGCAGGUGUCAUCCAAACCCCUAUGACAAACUACGCUAGCCACGGCACUGGUUCCGACUCCGGCACCGAGGCUCACACUGCUCCCUCCCCUCGCUCGGUCUCAGAUACCGGUCCAGUGAAUCACUACGCCCCAGCCAUGGGCCCAGUCUACACCACACAACCGGACCAAUGUGCCCCGCUGACAGCCGCUCCCGACCUCCGCGCCAUGAUGCCCUCUGUCAGCCAGCCAUACACAUCAAUGGGAAUGGGAGGGUAUUCAUAUCCAGCUACCUGUCAACCCCACACUGCCCACAGUCUGGUCGCUCCCACCCCGCGAUCAGCAUGGGAAAUGCACGGUCUAGGAGCUCCAACCUCAACAGCAUCAGCUAGCGCUAGCGCCUGCUACACUUACAUGGACCCCUACCCUCUCCACGAGACAGCCCCGGGUCCAUGA